CUAAACUUACAUCUAAAACAAUUUUCUCUUGAGUGUAUUAACCAUGGCUGUACCCAGCAAACUUGUGCUUCUCAUUGCUGUUCUUGUUGCUUCAUGCACCACAGACACAGAGGCCUUGAAACACAAAAAAACCCAUAUCCAAUUCUACAUGCAUGACAUAGUUGGUGGCCCAAAACCAACUGCAGUCCAAGUUGCUCGCCGGUUGUCCAACUACACUGGUUCAGACCCAAUAGCAGCCAUGUUUGGGUCUGUUUCAGUCAUGGAUAACCCAUUAACAGUCACGCCCAACCCAAAUUCAACAGUGAUUGGACGAGCUCAAGGGAUCUAUGCCAUGGCCUCACAGCACGACGAGUUCAGCCUUCUCAUGACACUGACAUAUGGGUUCAUCAGUGGACCAUAUAAUGGCAGCUCUUUUAGCGUGGUGGGCAGGAAUCCAGUGAUGAAUGAAGUGAGGGAAAUGCCAAUUGUUGGAGGCACAGGGAUUUUCAGACUUGCUCGUGGGUAUUGCUUUGCUAGGACUUAUUCAAUGUACCAAAUGGAUGCAGUGAUUGGGUACAAUGUGACAAUACUGCAUUACAAUGAGACAGUGUGACCAUUUGUAACAAUUUAGACCAGUCAUGGGUUAAGGGUUUCUUAUACUAUAGAGAAAAUAAUACUAAAAAUUAUGAGUGGAA